AUGUUGUUAUUUUGUUUUUCUCUACUCUAUCUCAGUCAAUCAUUGUUUGCUGUUGAAUUGUCUAUCUACAAAAGUUUUACUGAGAUUCGCCAAGUUUCUAAUGGAAUCGGUCAAUACACGAGUCGAUUUACAAAUGCUGAUUAUCAAAAUAUAGUUGAAGGAUCGAUCAGUUGGGAAGGUACACCAUUAGUUCGACAAGAAGUCUACAAUACAAUUCAAUCACUCCAAGAUGCUACUGUAACAGUACAACGAUCGACAGUGUGCGCCUGUGAAACGAUUCAAGCAAAGAUUGUCGAUCCCAAUUCGAUGUUACUUCAAAAUUUGAAUACAGGAGCAUAUUUUUAUGCUGAUAAAAAUUUGAUUGAAUAUACAUCGGUACGACCGAACGAAGGUGAAACAACAUUGGCUCUUCAAUUUCAAACUGAAACAACAGAACGUAAGGGAACUUUGUCAUACUUAAUGAAAGGAAUCACAUGGACACCUAGUUAUGAUCUUUUGUUGACAGGCAACGAUGAUUACAAACUUCGUACUUAUGCAAACAUUAGAAAUGAUCAACAACAAGAAUAUACAGUGGAGAAAACUCGUCUCUUAGGUGGUGAUGUGCAAUUAGCUACCGAUAGUUCUGCUGGUAGACCUAUAUUUGAGGCUGCACUGACAUCUAUGAACUUGAGACCAAUUCUAAUGAAUGGUGAACAAAGUGGUCUAUAUUCGUAUUCAUUGAAUGAUAAAUAUACACUUCGUCCAUCGAGUUCCAUUCGUUUACCAUUCAUUGAUAUUGUUGCCAAAUAUCGAUUCUAUUACAAAGCAUUGAUAAGCAUCAACACAGGAGUAAAUCAAGGUGUCUUUGAAAGAAAUUACGAUAUAACACCUGAUCAUUUCAUGCCAGCUGGUGUUAUCACUGUUCGUGACAAUCAAGUACUUGUUGGUCAAGCAAAUUUGCCAGAUGUUCCAGAAAAUUAUACAGAAACAUUUAGUGUUGGCCAAGAUAACGAUGUUCGCUAUAUGAUAAAAGGCAAUAUGACAUCAAAAACUGAUGACGACGCACAAGUAUCAUUAGAAACUUAUGAAAUUGAUGUUUACGUUAAGAAUUUGAAGAACAAAAAUGUCGACACUCAACUUGUUGUUCAAGGAGGUGUUCAAAUAACUCUUCUUAACACAACAUGUAACUCUGUUAAUGUUCAAGGAAGUCAACUCAAUUUUCCAGUCCAACUUAAACAGGGCGAAACUCAUCAGUGCAAGCUCAAUGUUACAGUGAGAUUGAAUUAA